AUGAAGGGUGAUCCACUGCUUCCGGCUCAGAGAUUGUGCACCCAUUCGGUAUCCAGAUAUACAACGGCCAAUCGACCAGCAAUCAACUUUGGCAUUGUCAUCAGAAGAGCUUUCGAGGAGAGACCGCUCCUGAGUGUCCGCAUUCCCUAUGAAUGCACAGGCAGCCAGGGUAAAAGAUCUACAGGUACAGAAAAUAGUUCAACAUCAGCUUCGAGCAGACCUCGGCCAAAUUCAAGCGGAACCUCCAAGGCGAAGCGAACCAGAACCGCGUAUAGCGCACACCAGCUUGUACAAUUGAAGAAACAAUUCCACACUGAGAAGUAUUUGUGCCGACGCCGGCGCAUCGUAAUGGCACAAGAAUUAAGUCUAACGGAACGCCAAAUCAAAAUCUGGUUCCAAAACCGGAGGAUGAAGUAUAAAAAGGAAGAGAAACAAAGAGUGUCAUCUCCUACUCUGAAAUUCGCUUCAUCCGCUGCUAGUCCGACUACCACACCAGGAAUCCAAUCGAUAAGACCUAAACACCAUUUGGUGACAAUGAGGCAGGUUGGUCAUGAAACGUGCAUGCCACCGAUGCUACCGACAAACCAGAGGGAAGAUAACGUUUGGUAUAACCAGUAUAGUUCGUACCAACGUAUCCAACUAGAUACGAAUUAUUAUCAAUACAUGCCUCAGAAUCAUAACUGCUAUCCUGUGCACGUCGAACAACCUGUGGAGAGUAAUCCAUCGUGUCAGCCUUGCCUCAACACUCAUCCCACCUCAACAAGUACAGAACAGCCAAAUCAAUCUUUGGAACAGAAAAAUGAGUAUUCUGUUGCAUGGAUCAGCCAAUAUUUAGGUUAUUUGGCGGAAAGUCAUGUCUUACCAAAAGAGGUGAAAUAA